AUGCAGCAAAAGAAGUCAAAUGAGAAUAAUUGUGAGAGAAGAGUGAUGGCGACGAGGCAGAGAAACGACCUGCACGUGAACAUUCCUGCGCUGCGCAAGCUUGACACGAUGCUUCUUGACUGUCUGGACAACUUCAAGGAGCCGCACGAGUUUUACUACGGAUCAAAGGAUGGCAACAAGGGCGAAAAGACCCAGAGAAGCGACGACAAAUGGUGGAUUCCUGUGCCUAAGGUGCCCCCGAACGGGCUGUCCGAUCACAACAGAAAAUGGCUGCAGCAUCAGAAGGAUUCAGUGAACCAAGUGCUGAAAGCAGCCAUGGCUAUCAAUGCUCAGGUCCUCAAUGAAAUGGAGAUCCCAGAUGCCUACAUUGAUGCUCUCCCUAAGAAUGGGAGAGUAAGUCUUGGAGAUGCGAUAUACAAGACGAUCACAGAGGACUUCUUUGAUCCGGACUGCUUGCUGUCGUCUUUGGACUUGUCAUCGGAGCAUAAGAUAGUCGAACUCAAGAACAAGAUCGAGGCAUCUGUCGUGAUAUGGAAAAGGAAGAUGAAUGCCAAAGACAACAAAUGGGGUUCGGCCGUGAGCACAGAGAAGAGGGAGAUUCUAGAAGAUAGAGCAGAAACCGUGUUGCUGAUCCUAAAGCAUCGUUUCCCCGGUACCCCUCAGUCUGAUCUAGAUAUCACCAAAAUCGAAUCCAACAAGGAUGUGGGGCACGCGGUUCUUGAGAGCUACUCGAGGAUCUUGGAGACGUUAGCAUACACCGUCUUGUCUAGAAUAGAUGAUGUGAUGAGCGCUGACGCUCAAGCAAGGGGCUCUGCGACUGCAGAGAAGACGAAGUCCAUAAAGGUAUCUGACAAAGUUGUAGUGGCUAAGGAGGAAACGGAGCAGCAGCAGCGGGAGACAGAA